CCAAAAAUAGUUACAGCAUCACAGACCAGGGCUUUGUUAUGUACCCAUCUGAUCAAGUUCUUAAAGCCAUUUGCACCAGCAGCGCCUACUGAUAACAGUCACCCUCAAACUCCUGAUCAUUAACAAUACCAUCUGAGAGGAAAGGACAAGUCUGCGGUGUGGUACUUUACCUCACAGAAGGCAAUGAGUACCUUUGGAUAUCGCCGUGAGCUGAGCAAAUAUGAAGAGGUGGAUGAGGAUGAGCUGCUUGCCUCACUGACAGCUGAAGAACUCCAGGAAUUGGAAAAUGAGCUGGCUGAUAUUGAUCCAGAUGAUAAAGUCCCCUUUGGACUAAGGCAGAAGGACCAGACGGUUAAAACCCCCACGGGCACGUUUAGCCGAGAGGCUCUAAUGAAAUACUGGGAGAAAGAGACACGCCAGAUUCUUGAAAAUGAGAUGAUGGGCUCUUCAAGCCCCACGUCAGGUAGUGAAAAUAACGAAAAAGGCCACAUAACAGAAAGCAACAGUGAGGAAUCAGAAGAAGAGAAAGAAGCUGAGGAUAAGAAGGAAAUGGACGGUUGUGUAGAUGACGAAGAAGAAGAUCGUAUAGAAAAAGAUGAAUUAGAAGAGCAAGUCACUGAGGAAGAGGAAGAAGAUGAGAAAGAAGAGGCAGAGAAAGAGGGGGAAGAAGAGGAAGAGGAAGAGGAAGAGGAGGAGGAAAAAGAAAUUGUCCAAAAGCAGGACCUUGAACAGGAGAGUGUUCUGGAGAAAUGUGAUUCUCUGCAGAACAUGUCCAACAAUCAAUCAAACCUUAAGCCAGAAUAUUCUGUGAGAACAACUUCACCGCAAGAGUCAAACCAGUUGUCAGGAAACCCCACUGUCCUUGAUGAAGCUCUAGAAAAGGUCCUACAUGAUGACCCUGACACCACUGAAGUCAAUCUCAAUAAUAUUGACAACAUUUGCCAGGAAAACUUGAUACGUUUCUCAGAAGCAUUGCGCUUUAAUACACAUGUGCGAGUGUUUACUCUGGCAAACACUCGGGCUGAUGACCCAGUGGCAUUUGCCAUUGCCAAAAUGUUGAAGGAGAACUGCCACAUUAUAACCCUAAACAUUGAAUCCAACUACAUCACAGGAAAGGGUAUACUAGCCCUGGUGCAAGCACUUACACACAAUAAAAAUCUAACAGAGCUCCGCUUCCACAACCAGCGGCAUAUCUGCGGAGGUCAGGUUGAGAUGGAGAUGGUCAAACUCUUGAGAGAGAACACCACCCUGCUCAAGCUUGGCUACCAGUUUGCCCUGCCUGGCCCUCGAAUGAGCAUGACUGGCAUCCUCACACGCAAUCAAGACUUUCAAAGGCAGAAGAGGAUGCAAGAAUUGCGUCAGCAGCAAGGAGGUGCCUCAACUCCUAUCAACCCACGAACGAGUCUGCUUCAGAAGAGCACUCCAACCUCCUCUCCAUAUAUAUCCCCUAGAAGUUCACCAUGGUCCUCUCCAAAACUGCCACGUAAUGAUGUGAUCAAAAGAACCCCUCAACCAAGUCUUCCACCACCUCCUCCACCUCCGCCACCACCUCCACCUCCUCCUCCUCCCCCACCUUUUCCUAAAGCCAAGAGCAUCCCUGAGAAAAGGGGUCCAACUAGAAUGAUUGCAGAGGUCAUUAAACUUCAAGAAGCGAGCGCCAAAAAGCAGGAGGAUCAGAGCAAGGGCAAGUCUAAGUCUAAAAAAGGCAAGAAAAGCGUUUCAAAGGAAAACGGGACUGAAAACAUUCUUAGGGAGCUGAAAAAUGCACUGAGGCCCAUUGCAGACAGGGAUAGUUCCAGACCCUCUACACCGAUGCGGUCGGCUCGUGACGAGCUCAUGGCCGCUAUCCGAGCAAGUAGUGUCAAAUCACUCAAACGGGUGGAAGUGCCACAGUAUCUUCGAUAAUGUGGCCAAACACUUUGUACCAAGAAAGAAAGGAUGGCCAAUGCUACAGAUCAUCUACUUUCCAUAGCAUCAUGUUCAUACAAAAUACCACAAAUCUAUCUUCAGGGUUAAGCCUACAGUGGAAAAGUGCUUUAAGCUCAGUUAAUUUCAGUCCCUUGUUUGGUCCUGAUUCGAUCUGGUUUACUGUUUGUAUGGAAUUUAUUUGUUGAAUGUUGUCCUGAUGUUUGCUUGGGUUUUCUCCUAGUUUUUUCAUUUCCUUACACCUAGUAAAAUACAUAUCUGUAGUGUGUUAAUUAGUGUACAUUGUAUAUUUGACUCUGAUGUCCCGUUUAGAGUGCAUUUCUGGCUCACACUUUUACCCUAAACAAGCCCUGGAUGAAUAUUUGAGGAUCGUGCUCAGAACAUCAGCUUUCCAGAACAUCUGAAAAAGUAGCGCAAAAGUUGAUGCAAUAAAGAUUCGUGUUGUUUUUUUUUUUCUUUCACCAGAUUGUUUUCUCAUGUUUAAGGAUGGCAGCAAUAGAAAUAUGGAUGGGAACCAAAUUUGAUAGCAAUGCUGCAAAGACUAUUUAUAUACGCUUUAUUUUUAAUGACUCUCACCACUCAGUGUGCACCGUCUUUUGAUCUACACUUUGUUCUAACAGGAUAUCUAUAAAUAAAAAAACAAUAUAUAGAAAAAAAUAGAUAUCGAAUAUAGAUGCUUCUUAAAGACCCCUUUUCGUUUGGUAAACUUUAUGAUGUUUUUGUGUGGGCAGAGCUUAGAGGGGGAGGUGAAAAUAUGUCCCUGACAGCUUCAAUAAUGCUAGCUAUUUAGUUUUGUUAGUUUGUUUGUAAACAAUGUCUGGUCAAAAUCUGAUUUUAUCUGACUAUAAUCUAUUUAAUUUCCAAGACUGUGAAUGUUACUUGAAAACGUUAACUUUAAUGGAAAGAACAGAAUGUCCAACCUGUAUGCACUCACUCAACAGAUGGACAAUCUGACUCAUUCGGUUGGCUACUAACAGUGGCAAAUAUUAGCAAAUGCUUGGACACACACCUCACACAUAACAUGGGCUUGUUCACUGUUAACUCUCACUUUCUACAAUGACACUUAUGGCAACUGUAGAAAAAGAGAUGACAACUAACAGUUUCCUUUAUGUUUAGUCUCUGGUCGUUAGCUAGCGUUUAGCUUACACAUACAAUACGUGUUCCAUGAGAUCAAUUGUUCCACAAUUUCUGAUCAGUUAGGCAUGCAUAAGAAAGCUUUAGACACGUAACCAAACCAUAAACCAUAUCAAUGAAAGACAAUAGUUUCUUACCUGAUAAAGUGUGCACUGCACUGUGUUUAACCACAGCUGUCAACUUUUUCUUUUUGUUGUUGUUUUUUUUGGUCUGUACACCUUAGAUUCUGGCACCCAACAAUGUAAUUGUGAUUUUGCCACUAAAAGGGUCUAUUAGAAUUAUGUAUUGUUGUAUAGAAGAAAUAAUGGAAAAACUAAAUAGCAGCAGUAUUUUCAUCUUGUGAGACAAACAACAAUAGCAGUUUCUGAUUGGUUUAUAAAGACAUGUCUUUAGUACACUGGCACAGCAAUAGAUCUUAGAUUUCUAUUUUAAUUCUUUUUAGGUAAUUCUGUGUAUAAAUGUAAAUAUUUCUGUUGAUGUGGAAAAAUAAACCUAUACCUUUAUUUCAUAUCCAA